CAUGAUUGAUUCUUUUAGGACAUCGCACUCACAACACACCACUAAACACAUGAGAUAAUCACCAGCUAUAACCUAGUAGUACACCAUUGAUAUCAUCGCGCCCAAUGACCACUGCUCAGUGACUUGGAGUGGACAUCCAGACAUCCAGUUUCGCUGACAAGUCUAGAAUUCUACCCGGGUUUUUGGUCUUGUAGUAUGCGCUGUGGAAAUCAAGUUCAAAAGUGUCUGGUGACGUGAGCAUUGAGCAAUGUCGCAUAGUUGUCGUUGCCAACGAACCCUCCAUCGAAUAUCCGCGUGUCAGGGAAAUGCACCUCAAGAAGAGCGCAGCUGCCCAUAUACAGACAUGUGAGGAUGUGUAUCAAGCAAGAGGAACGCACAGCCAUCGAUGUCUAUUUGUUCCCGUGUUCUCUGUCUGAUAGGACUGGACAAAGUACGCAGAGACGGCCAGCGCAGAAUGGCGUCUGUGAGUAUUGGAGGCCCUGUCUCGUACAAUCAUAGAAGCUGGUAUUUGACCUGUGUAAGAAGGAUCACCCUACUUCACCUUCACUUGCUCCGUCUAUGUCCCAACCUCUCCUCGUUGACAGUUCGUGCAGUAUUCUUUACGCCACGGACCUUGGAACAAUUGACACACACUAACAUCCAAUCCUUGCACAUGAGUUAUUUUGAACCUGGGAUGUUGCUAACUUGGCUGUUCGAGGCUUUGUCGCUCGGUUUGCGCGUGUUUGAUGCUUACUGCGCUCCCAACACUGCAUGGCCUCAUCAGCAGCUGAUGAAUCUUCUUGCGUGGUCAAAGUGUCCUUUGGAGCGCCUGAUUUUCUGUGGUUUGGCGGUGACAGAUGUGCCACGAACAGAAUACGUUGCCCUUAUUCCUUCCCUAGUAGUGCAUCCUAUUGGAUAAAAAUCGGAUUUUAAAAAAUAACAGAAAAAGUGUAUACGUAUCUCACCGAUUCUCACGAAAUAUUUUAUCAGUACCUGGCUAAUGUAACGUGC